AUUUUAAAUUAAAUAAUUAUGGUUUUUGAUCGAUUAUGGAUUAUGCGCACUAUGCCAUUUGGACUGAAGUUUGAGGGUUACUCCUGUCAAAGUUGUUUUUGUUGAAUUAUUGAAAGAUAAAGGGAGUAAAAAUGUCGAUAGAACAGGAUUGCAAGAAACUGGUGGCCGACUUAAGGAGCAGGAACUUAUCGAACGAUGAACUGGACGCGAUUAUGAGCAGUGACGACAAGCUGGAGGAAUUAAUAAAAGGUCUUGAACAGUCGUACAUUCAAGACAUCGAAAACGAAAAAGAGAGAACAAUUGCCAGCAACAACGAACUAGCUGAGCAAAAUUUGUCUAAGGAACCAGAGCUGGCUGAAAGAAGAGAAAAACUACACAACACAUCAGUCGAGGGCGAAGAACUGACAAAACUGGUCAAAGAAAAGACUGAAGAACUAAGACAAAAAACUGGUGACAUGUCCCUAGAAACAGCGUUAGCUCUCUUACAAACUGCAGCCAGUGAAAUGGAGGAGGAAUCUGAUGGGGUGGCGAAAAAAUUCCUAGACAGUGAGGUAGAACUGGACGAUUACUUGGACCAGUUCCUGGUGAAGAGGAAACUGAUGCAUUUGAGGCUAGUGAAGGCGGAAAAACUGAUGAAACUUCUCUCAGGUGGUGUUUCAAAUUACGUCAACGCACCACCUUUGAAUAUAAACACAGCUUACUUCCCUGGAAUACCAUCGAAUAAUGUAAUACCACCAUAUCCUUCAUCUAAUUCUGUUCCCUAUCCAACUGGUCCAUUAAACAUGCCCAUGCCUGGGAUGAACUAUUUCCAAAAUCAUUUUUGAAUACUCUACGUCACUUUAUUUUGUCCAUAAUGGACAAUAUGUAAUUUUAUAAUAUGGAUAGGUACAAAUUCAGUUGAAGGAAUUAAGCAUUUUUUAAUUUGUAUGCAAUUUUUAUAAAUAAGAAUAUCUCAUAGACAUACAAGUAGCUAAACAACAUUGUUUAAUGUUCAAAUAAGUAGAAUAAGUUUUAAAAAACCCAUUUUAAGUUGUAAAUUUAUCAAUUCUUUAACUUACUGCGUUUGUACCUCCUUAAUAUUUAACAUUUCGUUGUACAUAAAUGAAUUUAUUAAAUUUCCUACUUGUGAUACUUAUUAAUUCACAUAUAAAGUGCCCAUAUGUUUUUCAUAUUAUAAUUCAUUCUUGCAAAAAGUUUGAAAAUAAAUAGUCCUAAAUUAUAUUAGCAGUUCAGCACAGUUUGUAAUAUAUUGUUAGCAUGUUAAAAAUAUAUUUAUAUAAUGUAGUUAUUGUAUGACUAAUUUUAAUAUUUACAAUAAAAUAUGAGAAAUAGUUUCUUA